GCGAGAGGUUGUACGACUUUGUAGUUUGUAUCCGCUUUUAGUAGUGUGUCAAGCGUCCGCGAAUUGCUUAUAGUUUUGUGUUACGCUAUUGUUGUAAUAAACAUACUAUUAAUAUUUUAUUUAAAAAAAAUGUGCCAAUAGUUUGUUCUCUUUGAAUUCUCAUAAUGGGUUCGAAAAUCGAAUACGUGGAUUCAUCACAUUUAUACGCUACGAACUACGUCCGUAAUUCGAAAGCGAUUGGUGUACUUUGGGCUAUAUUCACGAUUUGCUACGCGAUUAUAAGCGUUGUCGCGUUCGUUACUCCGGAAUGGAUCGGUGAUUUGGAAACUGAGUACCCGAGGAAGUUCGGUUUGUGGCAAAUAUGCAGAGCUGAUGAAUCUGUGGAGGAUUGUAAAGGACGACUCGAUGAUUUUUUGUCAAUAAACGGUUUCGUGUUCAAAGUCGCGACAGUGUUAGUGGGAGCCGCGGUCGCUUUGGCCUUGUUUACGAUAUGCGCCAUGCUCUUGUUUUUCUUCUGUCAGUCAACGACAGUUUUUCACAUAUGCGGAUGGCUUCAGUUACUUUCUGCUCUGUGCAUGAUUGGAGGCGUGGCGGUGUACCCCGCCGGUUGGAGCGAAACGGCCGUGCAGGAGACGUGCGGCCCAACUGCAGACCAGUAUAAUAUUGGCCGCUGUCACGUCCGCUGGGCCUACCUGCUGGCCGUGAUCGGCUGUCUCGACGGCAUCGUACUCGCAGCGCUCGCCUUCAUACUGGCGACUCGGCACGUGAAGUUACAGCCAGACACAGCUUAUCCCACGUCUUCUCUGUAUAAAGGCGAAGUGAACAAUGCGUACGUGACGGACGCGACGUCGGUGUCGGUGUCGGGCUCGCGCAAGUCGCUGGCGCUGCAGCCCGUGCUGCUCAUGCACCCGCACGCGCCGCUCGACCUCGACGCCUACUCGCACUACUCCGGCCGCACGCCGCGCUCCAAGCACGCCGCGCACCACUACCAGCUCUGACCGCCAGCUGGCGCCGCGCACCACUACCCGCUCUGACCGCCAGCUGGCGCCGCGCACCACUACCCGCUCUGACCGCCAGCUGGCGCCGCGCACCACUACCCGCUCUGACCGCCAGCUGGCGCCGCGCACCACUACCCGCGCCGACCGCUAGGUGGCGACUAACCCGUAUCCGAUACAGCUCAAAGAUAUAUGACGUAAUUGAUUAAAUAUUAUAUUAUGUUUACAAACUUCUAACUGUAUUUUUAAGAUAUUCGUUCUUAGUACCUUAGAGUAAAUGAUAUUUAAAUUGUAAUAUAUUAUUAUGUAAUGUAAAUAGAUUAUUGAUUUUCUCAUAAAAUAGAGUAUUUAGUUGUUUAAGAUAAAACUACAAAUGUACAACGACGUUACUUGUGCCUUGAAUUUAUUAAAUUUUGAUAGAAAAUAUUUAAUAAAGUACAGUUUAUAUUACU